GCGGCCGCUGCGGGGACAGCCCGCAGCGCCGCGCCGUGCAGCGGCCGCGCCCGGCCUCCCGCAGCCCCUGGGGCAGCCUGGAGCCCGCCGGCGCCCCGCACGACAGCCUCCAGUCGGUCUCCAGCCCGCGGGAGAACUUCGGGUCCUCCAGCAGCAGCUGUGAUACAGCUCGUGCCCUUUCCAGCCUGAGCACCGGCUCCGCCAGCCAAGGUAACAGCCUCGAGUUCACCAGCCAGUGAGGCCGCCCUCAUCUUUCCCCUUCAAUGCAGGAGCUGCCAGCUACUGCGAGAGCUUCCAAGUUUCUUCCAAGUUGCAGAAGGCUGCGUUGCUCCCGUGGGCUCUUGCCGCCACCAGCACAACCACCCCCAGUACCCUCCUGCUCUGGCCGCCAUUCCCAAGUUACGUGCUUCAGAAAGGCAGUACUCAGUAUCUGCAGUGGCAACUUCAGCUCCUUGUCAUCGGUAAAGAAUGGAGGUACGUGUUCCUCGGAGGAGUCCCAGCUACCUCUCUGAUCUCUGUUGGAGAGCUGAGGCAGCGCCGGGUCAGGGGCAGCAGCAGCCCCGGGCGGUUCACACAAGUAGCAGCAUGAAUCUUCUGAGCGGUAUCCCAGCCAAGGGCGACUCGCAGCCAAAUCAGUUUCAGAGCAGCACCGCCACCAGCUGCGAUCCGGCUUUACGGCCUAUCAUACGCCGCCGAGCAAGGUCUUUGCCUACAUCGCCUGAAAGAAGAAAGCGAGCAGGAGUUCAGUGCCGAGUUCCAGGAUGCAAGGGUCGUACGAACAGGGUGAGAUUUGCUGAUGCUUUGGGCUUAGAGCUGACUGAAGUCAAAGUCUUCCAAACUGGAGAGGAUCCAUCAGUCCCCUUGCAUGUCCUUUCCAGGCUCUCCAUAAACUCAGACCUCUGGUGCAACAGCUUGGACCUGGAGUUCACCAUGCAAUGCUUGGUGCCUGACUUCCAGCAGCCCGCGGAUUGUGUGGAUUUCUCUGCCCGACUUCAGGAGCAGCAGGUGUGUCUUGAACGAGUGACCAGUUCAGAUCUGGGGCUCAGUGGCAACAUCCAAGUUUGUAAUAUUGCUUUUGAGAAGCAGGUAUCUGUGCGAUACACAUUCAAUCAGUGGAAAAGCCUCCAUGAAGUGUAUGCUCAUUGGCAUAAUAGCAUCCUUGAGAAAAAUGGACAGGCUCACAUUGAUGUUUUCACUUUUUUUCUCCCUGUACCUCCUUUCCUCCUUCAACUGUGUUCUGUAGUCCAAUUUGCAGCAAGAUACCAAGUCAACGGCCAGGAGUAUUGGGAUAACAACAGAGGCAAAAACUACAGUUUUACCUGCCGGAAUUACCCUCUUAAGAUGCCUAGAGAAUGUGAAGAGAGCUGGAUCCACUUCAUCUGAGCAAAAGAAACGGGAUGCAGAGCAGAUUUUGAACAGCCUUAUUCUCCUCCCUUGCAUUGCUCUGUGCUCCUAUGGCCUAAAGCUUCUUUUUGAAGCCUGCCAAACCUGGCAAAGUGUUUCAGCACAGGAAAAUAGCCAGUGAUGUGUACAAACUGUUCUAAACCUCUCAAAAAGUAUAAAGGGCCAAAAUGUUUGCUGAGUUACAUCCGUUGAAAGCCCAUGUGAUUUCUUGUAGUGUGUGAAUCAGUGCAGAAUAGUUCAAAGGGAUGUUGUCAGCAAAGAGAGAGACUUUUAUGUUGCUAAUAGUAUUCUGGACUGCAUAAAAUAUUUGUAACCAGUUUAUUUUACCAUUUUGUACUGUCUGUUUUUUUAAAUGGACAGUGUAGCUUUACUGUUUUUAUUUCUAUUUUUGUUUAUAUUAUCUCAGCAAGUCUGGGCACUAUUCCAGCUUAGCAAAAUUUGGAUGGCAGCCACUAUAGGGAAGUAUUUGUAUUCAUACAAGUAUAUUUUUUUAAUGUUUUAACCAUGUUAAGUGUUUCUAUUAAUAUUUGGGUUAAUUGAAUUUAAUUAUGAGGUAAAACAACAUGAAAAUGUCCCGGCUUCUCUUCCUAUUUCCCUUAAAAAAAAAAAAAAAAAAAAAAAACAUGUGCCUUUUCUCAUCUCCAAUGUUUGCUGUAGGCAGCAGGAGUGAUUUAAGUGUAUAUAAGGCUGACCAUGGGCAAGGUCUCAUUUUUUUGCCAUGAUGUACAAGUAGACUUUUUCUCCAGGGAAAUGGAAUUGUUCAUUCCUUGUGCAACUCUUUUUGUUAAGGGAAACUAGAGCAAUUUUGCACUUGUGUUGCAGUUGCACUCGGAAGAUCUCAAAGCACUACGUGAAUAGUAAUGAUCUUACACCAAUACUGGGAACAGGUAAAUUUAUAAAUCCAGACAAGGGUAUGAAAGACAAACUAUAAAGACAGUGCAGUGAGCUGGUCACAGAACCUUUGAAUAGAACGUUGAAUCCCUGUUUCCUAGUGUCUCAGUACUAUUGCAGUAGCAUUUUGCAUUCUCUAAUCAACUGCUACUGAUUAUAAAGUAGUUCAACUCCAGGACCGUCCUAUGAACACAAAACUUCAAAGGAAAAUGGUGAUUUUACUGAUAAAUUGAUGCUUACAUGGCUCCACAAAUAGAGUUUUGCAGCAGUGAGAGCAAAGUAACUGAGAACAGUCUGCCAAAUACAUAGUUUAUUGCUAUGCUACUUUUUGAAGUUCUGUUUUGAAUUGCAACAUGUUUAGUUCAUUUCAUACCUGCUGUCUAACCUAGACAGCUCUGAAAUUGAUUUCAGAACAAAAUUCUUGAAUUAGAAAUACUUUCCAUGUAUUAGGGUAGUUAGCCAGCCUUCUAGGGAAGUUGUAUUCUUUACUUGGAUGUUGUCUCAGUACAUGGGAGAUUUAUUCCAAAAAAAAUCUUGUGAUAAAAUUUGAAAAUCAUGGGUUUUUUUCCUGCUCUAAUUUGAAUAGUCAUUUCUGUUAGCAAUUGCUGUUACCAGAGUGGCUGCUUAUAUGCCUUUUUCAUUUCUAAACUAAGUCAACCAUCUAAAACUCACAGAACCAAUUUAUGUAAGUUACAUAGUUACUCAGUAUAGCAGGAAAUACAAGAUGUAUUUUGAAUGUCUUAUUUUCAGCUGUAGUAGGCAUUUGUUGGGACUUUAAUUCAGUUUGAGUUGCAAGUACUUUCUGCCUCUGAAAGUCAAGUUCUGAUUAUUGCUGUUAUUGUAAGCCCCCCUACUUGCAGUAACAAUAGGUUUUAUUGCUUGUAUAUGUAGUGUUCGGUUAUGUGUGUGUCAGUGGUUAUCUAUUACUAGAGAAUGGUAAAAAUAGUCAUUUCUUUGUUAGUGGUUAGUCCAUUUAAGAGACAGUGAAUGCUGUUAAUACUUCCAUUUUGUACUGGAGCAUUCUGAGGUUGCAAGUUUAGGCUGAUACGGUUUUGAAGGAGUAAUACAACUGCUCUAUUAGGAUAUUUCAUAACCUAAUGGCAGGUAGAGCGCUUUGAGAUUGGGAUGAGGUGUGAUUGCCUACUGCACAGAUUGAAGGGCUGCUAUAGACUUUUCAGUCCACCCGCAGUGUUUUCUGCAUCUGGAUCACAGGAGUGGCCAUAAGCAAUCUGGAAGCACAACUUGUGUCCUGGAAGAAUAAGUACAGGGAAUUGAGAAGUUUGAUCUUCCUUGUAUACCACAGAAAAAAUAAGCAGCUCUGUAAGAUGGGGCACUAUCAGGUUAUAAGGUCUGUUGCCUCCUAUGGCAGGCUUCAUAUGACUAAAUAAUGUAUGAACAUAUGUGACAUAUAUAUCUAUAAACUCAUCAUCCUAAACUCAAUCAAUGGAGAUGUAGUCAGUGUAGUCAGUAGACAAGCUGUUGUCUCCACUGAAUGCUGGGAUAACAUUGGGGGACUAGUUCAGACAUAACGUAAUCCUUAGCAUUAGUAUAAACCAUGCAAUGCCAAGCAUGUUCUGUAGACAUAAAGUCAGGUGAGAUGAAUCACACCUUAAGUGCCUGCAGAAAAAUCUUGGUAUAAAUUGAAUUUUGUUGCAUUACUUUGUUGAAACUUGCUCACUUAAGUUGACCUAGUACUGGUAAAGUCUAUAGAAGUGGAGUUAUAUAUUUUUUUCAGAAAAGAAGACAGUGAAAACACACAUAGAAGCACUUGUGUUGAUUAAAAGGCACUGUUUUAAAGUGUUGUUCCUCCUCCAGUCACUGAACACUGAAUUGGCUGCGAGAACAUUGAAUUGCCUCCCAGCACACCAUUAAAAAUCUCUUUCUGAGACUAGUAUCAAAUACCAGUUAAUCUGGAUGUUGCUGGAACCCAAUAUAAUAUUUGACUUACUGGUAGAAAUACCUCGUGGCUGCCAUCUGGGAGACAAUCAUUCGUGUGCUAGCAAACGUAAAAAUCUCAGUGCUACUGCAAAGUCAGAUUUUGUAAAGCUAAGGCUCUCAGUUUAAAGGUUAAUGCCGCAUAUCUCACAGUAUCAGAGAGAGGGCAGAACUGAAUGGCUCAGCACUAUGAAUUCAGCUUGUAUUGUCUUCCUUCUGCAACCUCUUAGCGUAUUUGCACAUGCAAAAUCUUGAGUAUUAAAGUACUAUUACAAGAUUGCCUUUUAUCCCUUUGCUUGUCUUGCACUGCUGGAGAAGAAUUGAAAGUAGCUGUUACUAAAUCAGUUGUUUGGCAUUGCUGACUCUGAGUUAAGCAGGCCUAACUUAUAAAAGAACUGAGGGCAAUCUCUCAAUUCAGUGUAUGAAGAAGCUUUUCUUUACGAUGUUCUUAAAUUGCUAAUAUUCACACAUUAGAACUGACUCCUGUCGUAUGGAAGAUGAAAUUUGCACUCAUUUCCCCCCCCCCCCCCCCCAUACUCACCGGUGAAAAUCAAAAGGAUUCUAGUUGAUGAAAAAGAUACUAAGCCAUUAAGUAGUAUUAACGGGUACCUAUCCUGAUGGUAAACUUAUGACCACCUUUAUAAAUUCUCAGGGCAACUUGACUUCUUGCAUUGUGUUCAGAUGGAGCACUUCCCUUAUAACCAGGCUUUUGUAAUAGUUGAUUCUUCACAGAGGUUACUGUCAUAUAAUGCACUUUAAAAAAAAGCCCUGUAUUUAUUACAGAUAUAAAUGAAUGUAUAGUAGUCCACAAUUUUGGGGCUCUUUCAAGCAUAUUUUUUACACAAACGUGGAAUCUGUGUAAAUGAGAAGGAGUUGUCUUUCCUGAUUAAAUGUCUUGUCCAGAAUAAAAUACAUUAUGCACUAUGUCAAUAAAGCACAUAUAAUAGGCAAAAGGUCAUUUUGUUUUAAUAGAGAGUUGUAAAAUUGUGAAGUGCUUAAUUCAUUUUGAAAUAAUAAAAUUAUUGCUACUUUAAUA